UUCCAGGAGGCGUACACCGAGCGCAGGGCGGUCAAUGGUGUUAUCUUCGGCAUCGUUAAUGGAAAUCUAAAGAAGAAAACGUGUGUCUGUUGUGUCUCUUCUGCGCACCUCCAAAUGGCUGCUUCGAUGCGCACGACUCUCGUCUACGCUUGUCUCUCAGAACAGAAAAAUCAAGGCCACGCGUACGUGAUUUGCCUGCCUAUUCCCUCACCGCCAGGACAUCUUGAAGCGAUAGGCCAAAUUGGACACACACUGAUACACGGGAUGGUGUGGUAG